UUCUUCAUCCGAGGAGUAGUCUAUCAACCCUGGGACGAUUCCGAAAACAGCAACAUCAAUGAUCCUAUCUCAGAUGAUCGUAUAAUAGAGCUAGGACGCAACCUUGUCUUGCUCAAAGAACUUGGAGUCAACACCCUUUACGUUUACCAAAUCAACAACCAAAAGCAGCAUGACAAAGCGAUGAAGUUGCUUGAGUCAGCUGGAAUCUAUGUUGUUGCGGGUGUUUGUACUCCAUCCUGCUCCAUCAAUCGGGCAAGGCCUUACAAAUCUUACAAUACUGCCAAUGUGUCUUCUCUGCUCAGAACUGCCGGUGUCAUGGCUGCCUACCCGAACACCCUGGCAAUUACUGCGGCCAAUUCACUAGUAAACGGCCGUGGUCACCUCUACGUAGCUCCCGUUUUGAAAGCCAUCAUCCGGGAUCUCAAGAGAUAUCUGGCUUGCAGCAACGAUAUUCGAGGAACAAGGAUACUUCCUGUGGGCUAUGCUAACGCGGAUGUCCCACACAUCAAUUAUAAUACAGAUUUCCUGGAAUAUCUGUACUCUGGUGACAAAGAGACUACAGUAGACUUUUGGGGACUUGCCAAUUAUGGUUGGGCUGGAAAGUCCGACCUACAAAUUUCUGGCUGGCUUCGAUUGAUCAGUCGUUAUGAGAACUUUGCCAUCCCGUCGUUUCUGUGCGAGUAUGGCGCUAACACAACCAAAAUCAGGCAAAUGGAUGAGACCAAGGCGUUGUACUCGGACCCAAUGGCCAGAGUCUUCUCUGGCGGGUGUGUCUACGACUUCUUAGACAGUGCGAAUGCCUACGGCCUGGUGGCGAUGGACUCCAACGACAAAAGGUGGUUCCAGAUGCGUGCCGACGUGGACGGAAAAAUAAUCGAAACAAGAGAAACAGAUGCAGGAAUUGUCUACAUUUACCAAGACUUCGCCAACUACAAAGCAGCGCUUGCCGGAUCCGCAGACAAUCACAGCCCGAGCUGGGAUGUCAUGGAACGCGAAGCAAAGGAGAGACACAGCAUCGACGUCACGCAGAGGACAUGGUCUUGGGGACCCGAAUACCAGAUCCCUGCGACCUGUAUAGAUUGGGACAACAUCGAGGAGCUCGUCGGUCGAUAG